CGUCAGUAAAAAUGACCAAACAUAAUAGAUUGUUCACGUUGUUCGGUAUUUUGGCAGCCCGCGCUCUAGUGGAUCCAGAGGCAACCUCCGUGUUUAAAGGGCAUCCCAAAAAAAGGAACGCUAAUAUGUUAGAUGUCAAACAGACCAGAGUGCUACUCCUCAAUGACAUGGAGCGACUGGAGCGCACUUUGUUCCGCCUGGAGCAGGGCUAUGAGCUUCAGUUUCGUUUGGGCCCAACUUUGCAGGGGAAGAAUGUGCAUGUCCACACCAACUACCCAGCGAAAGGGAAGAAGUUCAACAGCUCCAGCUUCCGUCUGCUGGAGUGGAUUAACCCCAGUGGAAGAGAAGAUGACUCAGACAAGUAUUGCAAACUGGACAUGGAGAUAGCGGGAUCUUAUCAGUAUUAUUUUGGGUGUGGGAAUCAAGAAAGGACCGGAAGUGGCUACAUUGUAGUGGAACCAGUGUUGCGGAUUGGCCAUGAGAGGAACAUCCUGCCUCUGGAUUGCAUCACAGUUCAGACCUACCUGGCCAAGUGUCUGGGCCCGCUGGACGAAUGGCUGGAUAGACUCAGAGUUGCCAAGGAAACUGGUUACAAUAUGAUCCACUUCACGCCACUGCAGAAACUCGGCGUAUCCCGAUCCUGCUACUCCAUAGCCGAUCAACUAGAACUGAACCCAGAUUUCUCUCCACCUGGCAAGAACUACACCUGGACGGACGUGGGCAACCUGACCGAGAAACUCAAGAAGGAGUGGAACUUGAUCUGCAUCACAGAUGUGGUAUACAACCACACAGCUGUUAACAGUAAGUGGAUCAGGCUUCAUCCGGAGUGCGGUUAUAACCUGGUCAACUCUCCUCAUCUGAAGCCAGCCUGGUUUCUGGACAGGGCCCUGUGGCACUUCAGCUGUGCCGUAGCGGAUGAAAAAUAUAGCGACAGCUGUGUACCAGCUCUUAUCGAGAAUGAGAAGCACGUUACAAUGCUUCAAGGACUCUUAUGGACGGAGGUUUUCACCCAGCUGAAACUGUGGGAGUUUUUACAGGUGAAUGUUGAGAAAACCGUGGAGCGGUUUAGAAAGAUUCUUCAGUCUGGUGACAAACCACUGGGGCCCGAAUUGGAAAAAAAGCCAAAAUUAAAAAUCGAACAAGGUUUCCAGAACAGACGCUUUAGCAGCACCAUAGACAUGCAAAUCGCCCUGGAGAUUUAUGGAAGACACACUAAUGGCCCUUCAUCCAUCCAAGAGAGUUGUGAUUGGUUUAAAAUGAGUCUAGAAGAACUGAAUGUGGAGUGCUAUAAAGAAAUCCACAGCCAUCAAGAAAAGGCUAUAAAUUGCAUAGUAGAAACAGUUCGCUAUGACCGUCUUGCCGCCCACGGUCUGCAACUUGGACCCGUCACCAGAGCAAACCCUUUGGUGACAAGGUAUUUUACCUUCCCAUUUGAAGACAUGUCCAUGGAGCAGGAAAAACAGCUACUGGAAAAUCCUAAUGAAGCUUGUCAUUUGAUGGCUCAUAAUGGAUGGGUCAUGGGAGACAACCCCCUCAAGAACUUUGCAGAGCCAGGGUCUAACGUGUAUAUCAGAAGAGAACUUGUUUGCUGGGGUGACAGCGUUAAACUUCGCUAUGGUGACAAACCCGAGGACUGUCCGUACUUGUGGGCUCACAUGAAGAAAUACACAGAGAUCACAGCCAAACAUUUCUCCGGUGUGCGUCUGGAUAAUUGCCACUCCACACCCAUUCAUGUGGCUGAGUAUAUGUUGGCUGUUGCUCGUGAACACAGGCCUGAUCUGUAUGUUGUGGCCGAGCUCUUCACGGGCAGCGAGGAGCUGGACAAUGUCUUUGUCACUAAGCUUGGCAUUACCUCCCUUAUCCGAGAGGCCAUGAGUGCCGGUGACAGCCAUGAGGAGGGGCGGCUGGUGUUUCGCUUCGGAGGUGAACCUGUGGGGUCUUUUGUACAGCCAAACCUCAGACCUUUGAUCCCGUCUGUCGCUCACGCCAUGUUUCUGGAUGUUACCCAUGACAAUGAAUGUCCCAUACAGGUACGUUCGGUACAUGAUGCUUUACCCAGUUCUGCUAUCGUCUCUAUGGCCUGCUGUGCCACAGGCAGCACUAGAGGAUACGAUGAGCUCGUACCUCAUCAGAUUUCAGUAGUAAAAGAGGAGCGUUUUUACCCCAAGUGGAACCCUAAUCUGUCAUCCUCCUCUGUUGGUGAGGUGAACCUGCAAACCGGUAUUAUAGCUGGAAAAUUGGCACUCAACAAACUUCAUCAAGAUCUGGCAGAGAAGAGCUUCACUCAGGUUUAUGUAGAUCAACUAGAUGAAGACACGGUUGCAAUAACCCGGCACUGCCCGAGCACACAUCAGUCUGUCGUGUGUGUGUCUCGUACGGCCUUUAAAAACCCUGAAACACACCAGUACAGAGAACAGCUGCCCCCCCUGUACAUUCCAGGUAAAAUCGAGGAGGUGGUUUUAGAGGCGAGAACAGUGGAGAGAAACGCUGAGUCAUUUGUGGAAGAUGAGAAGUUCAUCAAUGGCAUGCAGAAGUACACGGUUGAAAUCUGUCAACACCUACAGGUAAAGGAUAGCGAAAUCGUCAGAUGCGGAACGGCUACCACAAAGGACCGCAACGAGUUUGUCGAAGAGAUUUUGUUCGAAAAGCUCACCCCCGGUAGUGUUAUUGUAUUCAGAGUGAGUCUCGAUCCAAACUCUCAGAACAUGGUCGGCUUCCUGCGGACUCAGCUGUCACAGUUUAACCGGAUCUAUAAAUCCCGAAGUUUGACUGACAGGAAUGUUCCAGGCAUCUUAAAAAUCGCACUUGAGUUUUUAAUGUCCAAGCUGACUUUGGCCGAGCUGAACGUGUUAUUGUUCCGCUGUGAGGCUGAGGAACAGGAAGAUGGAAGUGGCUGCUACAAUAUCCCAUCCUGGAUGCCUCUGAAGUACGGUGGCCUACAAGGUCUAGUGUCUGUGUUGUCUGAGAUUCGUCCCAAAAAUGACCUGGGACAUCCUUUCUGUGAAAAUCUCAGACAAGGUGAUUGGAUGAUCGAUUAUGUGAGCACUCGAUUGUUGAAAAGAAGCGGAGCUCUGCGGGAGGUGGGAAAAUGGUUCAGCUCCAUCUUUACAUACCUCAAGCAUAUUCCACGAUAUCUAGUGCCACGAUAUUUCGAUGCCAUCAUCAUUGGGGCCUAUGCCACAGCUAUAGACGCUGUAUUCAAGCAGAUGUCCAGCUUUGUUCAGAAUGGCUCGACUCUGGUCAAGCUGUUGGCUCUGGGUUCGGUUCAGAUGUGCGGGGUGGGUCGCGUGCCAACACUGCCCUCCCUGUCCCCUGAACUUGAAGACGUCCCGGUUCGUCUAAAUGCUGUCGCCAAUAAAGAGGAGCAGUGUUGUGUUUCUAUUGCUGCAGGUCUGCCUCAUUUCUCCACGGGUAUCUUCCGCUGCUGGGGCCGAGACACUUUUAUAGCUCUUCGUGGUCUCAUGCUCUUAACAGGGAGAUAUGUUGAGGCCAGAAACAUCAUCCUGGCCUUUGCGGGCGCGAUGCGCCACGGUCUGAUCCCCAACCUGCUUGGUCAGGGCGUGGCAGCACGGUAUAAUUGCCGUGAUGCGGUAUGGUGGUGGCUUCAGUGUAUUCAGGACUACUGCAGCAUGGUGCCAGAUGGUAAAGACAUUCUAACGUGCCCUGUGUCACGUAUAUUUCCCACAGAUGAUUGUGAGCCACACCCACCUGGGACAGUGGACCAUGACCUGCCAUUGUAUGUGGUCAUUCAAGAAGCAAUGCAGCGACAUGCACAGGGAAUAGAGUUCAGAGAGAGCAACGCCGGGCCACAGAUCGACCAAAACAUGAGAGAUGAAGGAUUUAACGUGGAGGCCAAAGUAAAUCCAGAGACGGGUUUUGUUUACGGUGGAAAUCGCUUCAACUGUGGGACGUGGAUGGACAAAAUGGGAGAGAGUGACAAAGCACACAAUAAAGGUGUCCCGGCCACACCCAGGGACGGAUCUGCGGUUGAGAUUGUGGGUCUUAGUAAGUCAGCAGUGCGCUGGCUUAUGAUGAUGAAUGAGAACGGUUAUUUCCCAUACUCCUCUGUUACCAUACACAGAGAUGGUGUAGAACAGGCAUUGUCUUAUAAAGAGUGGAACCAAAAGAUCCAGGAGAAUUUUGAAAAUAUGUUUUACAUAUCCGAUGACCCUGCGGACCCGAAUGAGAGUCACCCCGACCUGGUCCACAAAAGAAACAUUUACAAAGACAGUUACGGUGCCUCCAGCCCCUGGUGUGAUUACCAGCUCAGGCCCAACUUCACCAUCGCCAUGGUUGUGGCACCGGAGUUGUUUACGGUGGAGAAAGCUUGGGCGGCUUUGAAGAUCGCAGAAAAGAAGCUGUUGGGUCCAUUGGGGAUGAAAACACUUGACCCAGAUGAUAUGGUGUACUGCGGUUUCUAUGACAACGCCUUGGAUAAUGACAACUACUACUGUGCAAAAGGAUACAAUUAUCACCUAGGACCUGAAUGGAUUUGGCCGGUCGGAUACUUCUUACGAGCGAAACUUUAUUUUGCUAAAAAAAUUGGCCCAGAAAUGUACAACCAAACCGUGUGCCUGGUGAAGAACGUUCUGUCGAGACUUAAUGCCCAUCUCGAAAGAUCACCUUGGAAAGGUUUACCAGAGCUGACCAAUGAAAAUGGAGAGUACUGCCAUUUUAGCUGUAAAACGCAGGCCUGGUCUAUUGCCACUGUUCUUGAUGCCCUGUAUGAUCUAUGAUGUCAUACAAUGUAAAUCCUGGCGAUUUCUUGCCAUCAGCAGAGAUGUUUUGGUGUUUCAUCGAAACAAAAACAUGUUUUGUGUGCAUGAACAAACUUUUGGAGAGGUUUAGAAACAGUUUUAUGGUUUGUAACAUUUGUUAACCUUUUACAUAAAAUAAUAUAUUCCUGGCAAUUGAAUACAAUUUUCUGAUAUUUAUUCUGUAUUCUUUAGAUUCAUAAAAUGAAAACUUCUAUUAAAAAAAUUAAAAGUUUGUCAUAUUUUUAAACUACAAGAUACCAGUGUCUCCUUUUUGCAAAGUCAUGGUUGUUAACAUUCCUAAGUGCAACAAAAGCGCAUUGUAUAGCCUUCACGGA